AUGGCUGCCAUAAAAGAUCACCAAGGUGGCACUUUAGUCGGAAGCAACCCAAACAUGCGUCGCGCUAUACGAUCGCAAGCGCACGCCGGCACCGCGGUGGAAGACGACGCCUACCGACGCACGCGCGAGAAGAACAACGCGGCGGCGAAGAAGAGCCGCGCCGCUCCAGUCUGUGCUAAUGACGGACACAGACUUAAACGAUUUCUUUUUGACAGCAUGACUCUCGUUACAAUCGUGGAGACCACGCAAAAACCGGGGACAGCAAACAAUGGGCAAGAGUUGGCAACCAGCUUCACGUUCUGGGAAACGCUGUAA